UUGUCGUAUGCUGCCAGCAGUGUUGAAUUUCAAGAUGAUUUUAAGUACUUCACGUUGUUCACAAAUGUUCCAUCAACAUCUGCUUUCAACAAAGCAAGACUCUCUCUAAUACAAUAUUUUGGUUGGAAGAGGGUCGCUGUUUUGCGAGAAUAUGAUGACAAGUUGCACUCCGAGGUAUGAUAGGUUUUCUUGGAAUUUCGUACGGUGGUGUAAACUCACUUCUAAUAAUGCCAAAUAAUUACGAAAACUGUAGAAAAACUUUAGUUGCGAAUUUUGUAACGGAUUUUUCUGUAAUUUAAAUUUUCGUAUUGCGAAACUCAAUCUUAAAUUACAGAAAAAUCCGUCAUGAAGAACAAAAGUGUGCGCAGGGGUAGAAAAAAGCUGAACCAGGGGACCAUUUGGUCCCAGUCAUGUUUAAGUUACAGAGAAUUUUUGGAUACAGUGAAACGUAACAUAGAAUGAAUGACAUAGAUCAACGAAAGAAAGAAAGAAAGAAAGAAAGAAAGAAAGAAAGAAAGAAAGAAAGAAAGAAAGAAAGAAAGAAAGAAAGAAAGAAAGAAAGAAAGAAAGAAAGAAAGAAAGAAAGAAAGAAAGAAAGAAAGAAAGAAAGAAAGAAACACUAGCAAAACAAAUAGGUGAACUGAAUGAGAAGG